AUGACUAUCUGUUUGAAACAAGCUGUCGGAAGUUCACCACAAACAUGUGGAACAGCAUUGGCUGUUCGGAUAAUUGGUGGUUCCUUUUUGUGUUUGUCAAUCAUUUCGAGCAUCAUCGCGUGCGCUUUAUGGAAUACUGAAAAUCAUACCCUUUCCAACAAUAUUAUUUAUUAUGGUUAGUUUUUUUUUCUCAAAUGUCUACUGUAAAGAUCAGCAAAAUGUUGAUUUCAAAAGGUUAUAUGAAUAUUCAUAAGAAAUAUUCUAACUAACUAACAACAUGUGAGAAAAAGUGCGUAAUAUUCUCAAGUAGGUCGAUGAGAAAAGAAAAAAAAGAGAGAGUAUAAUGCGAAAAAAAACGAACAUCUAUUCAAAAACUUCCUACUUUUUUUUCAAAAAGAAUUUUCAAAAGUAAAGAUAAUUUCAGUUGGAUUGUUCGCUACACAAAUGCUCAACAUUUGCAUCGUUUAUUUAUUGAAUCGUGGAAUUACCUUGCAAAAGGCGCAUUAUUUGCAACCAUUCAUCAUUUGUGCACUGCUUCAUCUAAUUAUCUGGUUUGUUAUUUUUCUUUGCUUCUUCGGUUUUUUUCUGGGAAAAUUGUUCAAGUAAUCCCACUUACUUCUUUUGUUUUCCGCGAAAAUUAAUAGAAAACGUCAGAGAUCUGAUUCAUAUCAAAGUUCAUAAACAAAACACGUGCUAGGAUAAUAGAUUAUCUUAUUCUAUCCAUAUAAAAUAUUAUUUGUUUCCAGCAUUUUGUUGUCGGCAAUCUUCUUCCUUUACGUCGUCACACGUGCCACAUUCUACACUGCCUGGUCGGAUUUCGGUUUCUUUUUCAUAUUUGUUAUUCUAACCGGCUUCUGGAUUAUCGCAAUCUCAUUGGCUCGCGAAUAUCGUGAUUAUGUACGUGAGAUUAAUCAAAUUGAUUGUUAUACAAUUUUGAAAAAUGAUGAAAAUUAUUGUUAGCCUAACCCAUCGCUUCUUUUUUAUAGAUAAUCUACGAUGAUUUUCUACACGAAACAUUGCCGAGCUAUGUCUAACCAAAGAAAUGCUUGUUUUUAUUAUUGUCCUGUCUAAAAUCAAACUACGGGUCUUCUAAUGCUUGUUUUGUUUUGUUCUGCUUUUGCUUUUGUUUUUUCUCCAUUUAUUUUUAUUAUUAUUCUUGUUCCGGUUCAAAUUUUGCAAAUGUAAAUACUUAUUUUUUGUCGAAACAAUAUUUAUUGUGAUAGUUUUUUGUACAUAAAAUAUUUUGAAGAAGAAGAAGAAAAAUAAAUAUUUUUUGAAGUUCAAAAUGUAUGUACUUUUUAAUCAUAUAAGAAGGAUUAGAAGAAAUGAAUAUUCGAAGAAAAGGGAAAAAUCCCAGUGAUCAGGAAUUCAAAAAAUUCGCACGCCAAAAAAAAAACAAAAUAAGAAACUGGGGAACGAGGAACUUAUUUGGUGGAUAGAUAAAAGUUGAAAUUUCUGGAAAUCUUUGGAAUCAUAUUUUAUAGAGUAUUUGGAGCAAACCGUACGGAUAUAAGCUUUUGAAUCGGUUCAAAUUCUGAUGAACAUUUCGAAAAUGUUUAUUACUCGGAUAUUCAAAAAGGUUCUUUGAGAAUUUGAGAUAAUGCCAAAAAUUAUAUUUUUUUGAGGGAACUUGGUGAAUUCAAAUGGAAGUCAGAGAAAAUCAAAACGUAUUAAUUCCAUGACAAAUCAUCCGUUAAAAUCAUACAAAUCAGAAUAGUUUUAUAGUUUUAUUUGUAAUACACAAUCCGUUUUCCUUUAUUCAGCUCAUCUUUUGUUAUUCAUUUUAUUUUUUCCAAUAAAAACAUCUAUUCAUCAACAGAUUCAAUCUCGUAUGGCACGUAAAAUGACCUGAUACACAUUCAAUUUUUCAUUUCAAUGGCUUCAUUACGCCUACCAGUAUUAGAAAGGAUAGACAUAAAAAAAUCUAGCAUGAGACGAUGGACUUCAAAAAAAUAUCCAAAAUUUGUUAAUCCAUGCGGUGGCGGAGAAAAACUCAUAAUGAAUGACGAAUAGACAAAAAUAGACACUGUGCUAAUCCGUUUGUUUUAAUAAUAUGUACUAAUUAUUUUAUUGUCUACAUAUAUUUUUCCGGAGAAAAUUCAUCAUAAAACUAAACUACAUAUAUAUUUCAGGGUUUUUUUUCUCAAACACAAAAUACAAAGAUUGACAACAUUUUAUAUGUAGUAUGAUCAUUAAAACAGGAUAAGUUUUUUUUUCAAUUAGUUGGGCAUGAUUUAUAGACAGCUUAUAAUCUGCCGAAAAUUCGUUACUAAUCUCAAGACAAGGAUAUUCCAAAAAUCGAAGGUCGGGAAGAUUGCAAAAAAAAAUUCCAACAAAAAAAGAAAACAUUUGUUGAUGAAGGUCAUUUCGCAAUACUCAACACUGGCGCAUUUUUUGUUGACACACGAAAAUAUUGCUCAUGCUAUCGCUUUUUUCUUCAAUCGUUAUUUUUCUCUCAUUUUUCUUUAAUUAAAAGGAGAGUUUUCAAACAUAUUUUUAAUUACGAAGUGUAUUAUAAUUUUUUUGAUGGCAGGUGCACAACAAUAUUUUUAAUCCGCUAAGGUGACAUUUUUGUGUCACUUUUCAUUAUUUUUCCGCUUUUACCUAUUUUAAAUUUUUGUUCGAAAUAAAUUGAACUUUUUCCUUUUUUUUCUUAUAGCCCACUAAAUUAUUAUUUUCAGAAAUUAAUUUCGCAAUACGAGCUCAAGCAACGUUCUGACGAAAAGGUAUGUCAUUCUAGCAAAAAAAUCUGAUUUCCAAAAAUAUUCGCACUUUUCAGAUGGAAGAAGUUAUCGAAGAAUUAGACUCGAUGAGAAUUCGAGAUGAUUCAGUUCAUCCGUGGCAACAAUAUUAUGAAUCCAAUUCUUCGCGAAAAAAUCUCAAUAAAGGACUGAAAGAGCUAUUUUUCAAGUGCAAUCUUCAAGAUAUUCAAAAAUUCAGAAUAACUUCGAAGAACGUAUGGCUCAACGAACCAAGAAUAACGAAUGGUGCUGAUUUUGAUAAGACAACAUCGAAAAUAGUGGACUAUAUUCCGAAGAAACCAUUUGCUUUUUAUUCAGUGAUUUCGAAACGAGGAAAUGUUAUAAUUUUGACACCACUGUUCAACGAAGUUGUUGCUAAUGAUCGGCUCGAUCUUCGUUUAGUUCAUCUCAACAAACAUGCUAUUGAUCUAUUGAAUCCAGGAAGAUUUCAAUUCAAUGAUUAUCAUAUUGGAGACAUUUUGUGUGUUUUUAAACUUCAAAAGAAGCAGAAGACAAGAGGAUCAGAAAUUCUUCAGUUCACUGAAAAAGAUGUUCUGAGACCAGAUGGACUACACUUUUGGGAAGUUGCAGAAUAUUGCGAAACAUUGCGUGACCUCAGUUCAGUCGAUAUCUUGUCUCCAUAUCGUACUAUGAAAGGACAUUUUCUUUGUGUUUCUUCAUCGUUUUCAACAGUUAUUGAAAUGAAUAAAAAUAUAUUGCCUGGCGCUUAUAUCAAUCAACUUCUAUCAGCUGAAGUGUUUGUUUCAAUAUUGAAACCAGGUCAAUUUUUGCACAAUUUGAAAAAAGAUGACUGGAUUACUGUAGCGAAAAUGUCGCCAAGAUUGAUAACUACAAAUACUUACGCACCAUUCGUAAUUUCUGCUAAAGAAGCAUGUUCAGAGGUGAAAGAAAUAUUCGAAAAUUAUCAAAAUGCAUUUGCAAAAUAUAAUCGAGAAAAAGCAUAUGGGAUAUUAGAAGUUGCAGUUGGAUUUGGAUCAAAUGGAUUAUUGGCAAUUAAAAAUCAAAAUGUUGAUUCACGUCGUUAUAAAACAAAACUCGAAAAAUAUACCUCCAGAAAUCCGUAUGCAUAUUUCAACUUCACAAUUUAUGGUUCAAAUGGCCCAACUGCAGCAAAAAAAUGGAAUCGUGCAGCUUCGGUUAAAAUCAGCACCGAAACCGAUUUUUUCUAUGCGGAUGUUCUUAGCGCACAGAAAAAUGGAAUCACAUUAAUGGUUCGAGCAAGAUGCGCAUUGCAAUCAUUGGAUUCGGCAAUGUUCAAAAGAUUAGAAAAUCGAACUGUUGAAGUGAAACAAAGCAAAGAAUAUAAAUCAUGUCCAAUAAAUUAUGAAAUCGAUGAAAAUUCGAAUGCUGAUAAACUUAUUCAAGCGUUAUAUGGCGGAAAUCCAAUCCCAUUUAUUGAUUUUGCUGUUGAAAGUAAUAUUAGUAUUGGAACAUUUAAUCUUCUUGAAACUCAAACAAAAUAUGCCAAAAUGGUGGCUGAUGAGAAAUUGAGUGCAUUGAUCGGAUCAAGUUCAUUUGGAUGUGGAAAAACUGCUGCAAUUGCAUCAGCCGCAAUUCAUUCACUUCAUGUCAAUCCAACAUCACUCCAAAUGGUUACAGCUGUUACUAACAGUGCUGUUGUUGCUUUAAUCGAGAAGAUAAUUCAAUUGCAACCAAAUAUCAAAAUUGUUCGAAUUAUUUCCGCUCACAACACGACAGUUCUUCCAUCAACUCAAUUGACAGACUUUGAUUAUCCUACUGUACUUGCUGAAUUAUUGAAAGAAUAUAUAAUGCGAGAGGAUAGUUUAUCACCACCAAAUUACAUUGCAGAAAAUCUCUUGAUUCAAAUGCUAGCCUAUUUGAAAAGGAGAUCCUAUCUUCAAGAAACCUCUUUCAGAACGGUUAGAAUGAAAAACAUGUUCCAAAAUGCUAAUGAAUAUAGCGAUGAAGAUUUAUUAAAAUUCUUUAUGGAACAUAAGAAACCAACAAUUAUUGUGGGAACUGUGGCAUCUAUUCUGAACUUCUUUUCAAAAUUGUGGAACGCUUGGAUUGAUCAUGUGAGUACAAUUCAAAUUGAUGAGGCUUCCACUUUGCCGAGAGAAACACUUCUCCAAAUUGCAACAUGUUUUCCAAAAUCGAAAUAUUCAUUAGUUGGAGAUUAUCGACAACUUCAACCCUAUUAUGAAGGUGACGCUUCACAACUUUUGAUUGAUACUGCGAUCGGAGAAACUCUUCGAGAUUGUGUUACUCAAAAUCUACUUCCGUCUGUUUAUUUCAACGGAGUUUUUAGAUGUCGGCCAGAAAUAACACAACAACUUGGAAAUCUUUUCUAUGAUUCGACAUUGGAAAGCUUGCACAUCAACGCAGUCACUGAAUUGCAAUUGCAAAAUAGUCCAGCUCUCAAUCUCAAAACUUCGAAUGAAUAUCCAAUGAUUUUCAUAAACACCGACAUAUCGGAACAUUCAAAACGAGGAACAUCAUUGAGAAAUAUCGAAGAAGCGUCGACUGCAAAGUGUUUAGCGAAUCAUCUGUUGAAAUAUAUCAAAAAAGAAGAUAUUGCAAUUUUAUGUUUCUAUCGAGCUCAAAUGAACGAGUUGCGUGAUUUUGGUGCAGAUAGUGGAAUCUACGUUGGUAGUGUAGAUUCUGGACAAGGUAAUCAAAAUAGGUUAGCUGAAUUCAAAAUUCAUUGUGUUCUAAUUACAGGUAGAGAAUGGCCAGUCUGCAUUAUUUGUACAACACGAACAUCAAACUACGACAAAUCACCUUUCAUGGUAAACGCUCGUCGUAUAAAUGUAGCACUUUCAAGAAGUAAACACAUCAACUUCAUUUUGGGACAUACUAAAAGUAUGGCUGGCGCUCAAUUCUGGAAUAAUAUAAUCUCAACAUGCUCACAGAAUAACACUUUGGUGAAAUCAGAUGACUUUGAGAAUAUCAUCGAACCGGGUUUGUGUUAAUUUGGAAGCAAAAUUAUUAAUAUUGUUUUUUUCACAGAAAAUAGAAGCACCGACUCUGACGACGAAUAUCAUUUCAUAAAUUAAUUUUUUUGUUUUUUCGAGAAAUUGUUUCAUUCAUAAAGUUCUGAAUAUUAUCGUUUUCAAAAAAUUAUUUCGAGCAGGUUUCAAAAAAAUGUUUGAAACGUAAAACAUUAUUUUUUUACCUUUCCUGAUACCCAGCUUCUUCCUUCACUAAUAAAUAAUAAGAAAAAACCUUCCCAAAAAUGGUUUCCCAUAAUUCCUUCCCCUUUCCCCACUUCUCUCAACCAUAGUAAUAAUGGCGUCCUAUUUUUUGUCAUAUUGAUUUUUAUCUACAUAUUUUUUUACCGAGCUGUGCUCAAAUUUAUCAACAAAACAAAAAUUUACUUAUUUAUUUAUUUUUUCAUUUUUUAUUCAUCAAUUUUUUCUCCUGUUAUCAGUUUUCCGUUCCAUUAGAGAUGAUUUUAGAAAAAAUUCUAUCUGCUAUUCUGUUUGAAAACCUUGCAAAUUCUAAUAUCAAAAAAAGGAUAUUUCAGAAAUCGAAAGUCUGAGGUGAAUGAAAAAUUGUGCCAAAAAAUAGGAAAUUGAUGAAGGUCAUUUCGAAUUACAACUCAAACAACUUUAUGACGGAAAGGUAUGUUAGCAAAAAGAAUCCAUUUUCAAGAAUAAAAAUAAUCGUACUUUUCAGAUGGAAGAAGUAAAAGAAGAAAUAGAGUCGGCGAGAAUUCAAGAUAAUUCAGUUCAUCCGUGGCAACAAUAUUAUGAAUUGGGUACUUCUGGAAAACCAAACAAAAAAGGACUAAAAAAAAUAUUUUUCAAGUGCAAUCUUCAAGAUAUUCAAAAAUUCAGAAUAACUUCGAAGAACGUAUGGGUCAACGAACCACGAUUCACGAAUGGUGCUGAUUUUGAUAAGACAACAUCGAAAAUAGUGGACUAUAUUCCGAAGAAACCAUUUGCUUUUUAUUCAGUGAUUUCGAAACGAGGAAAUGUUAUAAUUUUGACACCACUGUUCAACGAAGUUGUUGCUAAUGAUCGGCUCGAUCUUCGUUUAGUUCAUCUCAACAGACAUGCUAUUGAUCUAUUGAAUCCAGGAAGAAUUAAAAUCGAAGAUUAUUAUAUCGGAGAUAUUUUGUGUGUAUUCAAACUACAACAGAAGCAAAUGAGAAGAGGAUCGACUAUUUUUAAAUUCACCGAAAAAAAUGUUAUGAAACCAAAUGGAAAACACUUCUGGGAAGUUGCAGAAUAUUGCGAAACUCUUCGUGAUAUCAGUUCAGUUGAGAUCUUGUCUCCAUAUCGUACUUCGAAAGGAAAUUUUCUUUGUGUUUCUUCAUCGUUUUCAACAGUUAUUGAAAUGAACAAAAAUAUAUUACCUGGUGCUUAUAUCAAUCAACUUCUAUCAGCUGAAGUGUUUGUUUCAAUACUAAAGCCUGGCCAAUUUUUACUAAAUUUUAACAAAGACAACAGAAUUACUGUAGCGAAAAUGUCGCCAAGAUUGAUAACUACAAAUACUUAUGCACCAUUCGUAAUUUCUGCUAAAGAAGCAUGUUCAGAGGUGAAAGAAAUAUUUGAAAAUUAUCAAAAUGCAUUUGCAAAAUAUAAUCGAGAACAAGCAUAUGGGAUAUUAGAAGUUGCAGUUGGGUUCGGAUCAAAUGGAUUAUUGGCAAUUAAAAAUCAAAUUGUUGAUACACGUCGUUAUAAAACAAAACUCGAAAAAUAUACCUCCAGAAAUCCGUAUGCAUAUUUCAACUUCACAAUUUAUGGUUCAAAUGGCCCACCUGCAGCAAAAAAAUGGAAUCGUGCAGCUUCGGUUAAAAUCAGCACCGAAACCGAUUUUUUCUAUGCGGAUGUUCUUAGCGCACAGAAAAAUGGAAUCACAUUAAUGGUUCGAGCAAGAUGUGCAUUGCAAUCAUUGGAUUCGGCAAUGUUCAAAAGAUUAGAAAAUCGAACUGUUGAAGUGAAACAAUGCAAAGAAUAUAAAUCAUGUCCAAUAAAUUAUGAAAUCGAUGAAAAUUCGAAUGCUGAUAAACUUAUUCAAGCGUUAUAUGGCGGAAAUCCAAUCCCAUUUAUUGAUUUUGCCAUUGAAAGUAAUAUUAGUAUUGGAACAUUUAAACUUCUUGAAACUCAAACGAAAUAUGCCGAAAUGGUGGCUGAUGAGAAAUUGAUUGCAUUGAUCGGAUCGAGUUCAUUUGGAUGUGGAAAAACUGCAGCAAUAGCAUCAGCCGCAAUUCAUUCACUUGAUGUCAAUCCAACAUCACUCCAAAUGGUUACAGCUGUUACAAACAGUGCUGUUGUUGCUUUAAUCGAGAAGAUAAUUCAAUUGGAACCAAAUAUCAAAAUUGUUCGAAUUAUUUCCGCUCACAACACGACAGUUCUUCCAUCAACUCAAUUGACAGAUUUUGAUUAUCCUACUGUACUUGCUGAAUUAUUGAAAGAGUAUAUAAUGCGAGAGGAUAGUUUAUCACCACCAAAUUACAUUGCAGAAAAUCUCUUGAUUCAAAUGCUAGCCUAUUUGAAAAGGAGAUCCUAUCUUCAAGAAACCUCUUUCAGAACGGUUAGAAUGAAAAACAUGUUUCAAAAUGCUAAUGAAUAUAGCGAUGAAGAUUUAUUAAAAUUCUUUAUGGAACAUAAGAAACCAACAAUUAUUGUGGGAACUGUGGCAUCUAUUCUGAACUUCUUCUCAAAAUCGUGGAACGCUUGGAUUGAUCAUGUGAGUACAAUUCAAAUUGAUGAGGCUUCCACUUUGCCGAGAGAAACACUUCUCCAAAUUGCGACAUGUUUUUCAAAAUCAAAGUAUUCAUUAGUUGGAGACUAUCGGCAACUUCAACCCUAUUAUGAAGGUGACGCAUCACAACUUCUGAUUGAUACUGCGAUCGGAGAAACUCUUCGAGAUUGUGUUACUCAAAAUCUACUUCCGUCUGUUUAUUUCAACGGAGUUUUUAGAUGUAGGCCAGAAAUCACACAACAACUUGGAAAUCUUUUCUAUGAUUCGACAUUGGAAAGCUUGCACAUCAACGCAGUCACUGAAUUGCAAUUGCAAAAUAGUCCAGCUCUCAAUCUCAAAACUUCGAAUGAAUAUCCAAUGAUUUUCAUAAACACCGACAUAUCGGAACAUUCAAAACGAGGAACAUCAUUGAAAAAUAUCGAAGAAGCGUCGACUGCAAAGUGUUUAGCGAAUCAUCUGUUGAAAUAUAUCAAAAAAGAAGAUAUUGCAAUUUUAUGUUUCUAUCGAGCUCAAAUGAACGAGUUGCGUGAUUUUGGUGCAGAUAGUGGAAUCUACGUUGGUAGUGUAGAUUCUGGACAAGGUAAUCAAAAUAGGUUAGCUAAAUUCAAUAUUCAUUGUGUUCUAAUUACAGGUAGAGAAUGGCCAGUCUGCAUAAUUUGUACAACACGAACAUCAAACUACGACAAGUCACCUUUCAUGGUAAACGCUCGUCGUAUAAAUGUAGCACUUUCAAGAAGUAAACACAUCAACUUCAUUUUGGGACAUACUAAAAGUAUGGCUGGCGCUCAAUUCUGGAAUAAUAUAAUCUCAACAUGCUCAGAAAAUAACACUUUGGUGAAAUCAGAUGACUUUGAAAAUAUCAUCGAUCCGGGUUUGUGUUAAUUUGGAAGCAAAAUUAUUUAUAUUGUUUUUUUCACAGAAAAUAGAAGCACCGACUCUGACGACGAAUAUCAUUUCAUAAAUUAA